CAACCAACCGGUAAGGCUCGACCACACUCCUUCCCUCUCUGCCUUCUACCAUCAGGCUCAGAUUACCCUCGACAACGACAAGAACGACUGGCUUCCUGACUCAUCUGCGCCGAGUACCAGUACACAUACUUCAUCCUCCUACGCGCCCCUCACCAUGGCCUUCGCAGCCCACUUGGCCCGCUCGCGGGCUCUCGUAGCCACCGCUCGAGCGACAUCCACUUCCUCCUCUUCGGCCUCCUCUUCUUCCUCAGCUAUGCCUUCACGAUCUUUUGUCACCGCUUCGAAAGCUCCUCGCUUCGUCUCAUCACAGAUCUCGUCGAUGACAAGGAGAAACAUCAGCUCGAACGCACCGAAGGAACAAGCUGCCGCCGCUACUGCCGCCAAGCCAGCCGUAUCACCACGUCCUGAGCCUUCUCCCGCUUUCCAGCAAACACCUUCCCCCCUAGCUAACCGCUCUGCUUCUGCAUUGGACCCUUCCUUUGUGGGCAUGUCGGGGGGUCAGAUCUUUCACGAGAUGAUGCUGCGUCACGGCGUGAGACACAUCUUCGGUUACCCUGGAGGAGCCAUUCUCCCCGUGUUCGACGCCAUCUACAACUCUUCAGAAUUCGACUUCAUCCUCCCGCGCCGAGAAGACGGAGCUGGCCACAUGGCAGAAGGCUACGCUCGAGUCAGUGGCAAGCCUGGCGUUGUCCUGGUGACAAGUGGACCCGGCGCUACAAAUGUCGUGACUCCCAUGCAAGACGCCAUGAGCGAUGGUACGCCCAUGGUCGUCUUCUGUGGUCAGGUUGCCACCUCUGCCAUUGGAUCGGACGCCUUCCAAGAAGCCGACAUGCUCGGCAUCUCUCGCAGCUGCACAAAGUGGAAUGUCAUGGUGAAGGACAUCAGCGAGAUGCCCCGAAGGAUCAAUGAGGCCUUCAAGAUUGCAACGAGCGGUAGGCCAGGCCCCGUUCUCGUGGAUCUGCCCAAGGACGUCACUGCUGGAAUCCUCCGUCAAGCUCUGCCCUUUAGCAGCACUCAGCCCAACACAACUGACCUUCCCAGUCGAGCUGCUGCCAGGCCUCGUAUCCGUGGCGCACUGCGCCAGCAGGCCAAGGGUGACGCUACUUCCCUCACACCGGCCAUGACUGAGGCUGCUCGACUGAUCAGCACCGCCAAGCGUCCGGUCAUCUACGCCGGUCAGGGUAUCUUGUCGACCCCUGAAGGUCCUAAGCUCCUCAAGGAGCUGUCACACCGCGGCCAGAUCCCUGUGACCACUACUCUGCAAGGUUUGGGAGCAUUUGAUGAGCUGGACCCUCUCUCCUUGCACAUGCUGGGUAUGCACGGCUCAGCAUACGCCAAUUUGGCUAUGCAAGAUGCCGAUCUGAUCAUCGCUCUCGGCGCUCGUUUCGAUGACCGAGUGACUGGCCGCGUGGACAAGUUCGCCCCUCACGCCAGGGCUGCUGCGCUGGAAGGUCGCGGUGGUAUCGUACACUUCGAGAUCAUGCCCAAGAACAUCAACAAGGUUGUGCAGGCAACUUGCGCCAUCGAAGGAGACGUCGUCAAGAACCUGGCCAAGGUCCUGCCGUUCAUUGAGGCUGGUCCUUCAAGGAAGGAGUGGCAUCAGACAAUCGACAACUGGAAGAAGCUAUAUCCCUUCACCUACAAGCCCUCUGACCCCUCGAAGGGCGAGCUGAUGAAGCCCCAGGAGGUCAUUGAAGCCCUUGACCAGGCCGUGGCCCAUCGAAAGGAGGACGUCAUCAUUACCACCGGAGUGGGACAGCAUCAGAUGUGGGCCGCACAGCACUACCGAUGGAGGCAUCCUCGCACAUGGGUCUCUUCGGGUGGACUAGGUACCAUGGGUUUCGGAGCCCCCUCUGCUAUCGGAGCCCAGGUGGGCGCGCCAGACAAGAUCGUCAUUGACAUUGAUGGAGAUGCCUCUUUCAGCAUGACAGCAAUGGAGCUGCAAACCGCAACACAAUUCAGCAUCCCUGCCAAGUUCCUCGUCUUGAACAACUCGGGGCAGGGCAUGGUUGUGCAAUGGCAGGACCUCUUCUACGAGGAGCGCUACGCGCACACAAAGCAGAUCAACCCGGACUUCUGCAUGCUCGCAAAGUCCAUGGGAUGCCAUGCGAUCCAUAUUGCGUCAGCCGAGGAGCUGCCGGCCAAGAUGAAGGAGUUCAUCGAGUACGAUGCAGGGCCGGUACUGUGUGAGGUAGUCAUCGAUCAGAAGGAGCACGUCUACCCCAUGGUCCCCGCUGGUAAGGCCCUGCAUGAGCAGGUCCUGCAUCCUUCGUUGAAGAACCAACAUAACGUGAGGAAGUAGACGCCUGCAUAACGUCACCGCUGCAGCUCUUCCACACGAUCCUUUGGAGGGCUACCUUCAGGACGUCUAUCAAAAUGAGGUGGCGGUGGGUAGGCCCUGGCCUGCAGACCGAGCUUGCCCACCUCACCCUUUCCUUGCCUCUGUUUUAAUUCAUGUACUUUUGGCGUGCUUUUUCCUUCUCCACAUCCGUCAUCGCAAUGGCAAUACUUGCUCCGUAGUCCCCAAGGCGUUGCUUCUUUGUGAGUGAGGCGAGGUGGAACGACGGCAAACUUCCUCCUGGCAUGCAUC